AGUGGCGCAGCGGGCGGGGCGGGACAGGGCCCGGGCCCGCCCGUCCUUUCAGCCGUCCGGCGGCGGGAGGGGAGCGGGGCGGGGCUGUGGGGUUGCCUCCUCUGUGAAUCAUAGAAUCAUAAAGGUUGGAGGAGACCUACAAGAUCAUCCAGUUCAACCGUCUACCCAGCGCUACCACUGUAACCCCUAAACCACUAAACCAUAUCACCCAGCGCCAGAUCCAGGUGCCUCUUGAACGCUUCCAGGGAUGGUGAUUCCACCUCCUUGGGUAACCUAUUCCGACUCCUGACCACCCUAACAGUGAAAAGUUUUUUUUCUAAUGUCUGAUCUAAGUCCCCCGUGUCUCAGCUAAAGGCCAUUUCCUCGUCCUCUCACUGCAGGCGUGGUAAAAGAGACGAUGAGGUUCCCCUUGAGCCUCCUCUGGGCUUAACACUCCUAGCUCCCUCAGCUGUUCCUCAUAAGACGUGUUGCCCUUCCCAGACAUGCUCCAGCACCUCAAUGUCCUUUUUAAAGUGAGGGGCCCAAAACUGAAUGCAGUGCUGAAUAAGGAGGUGGGGGAAGGAGCUGGCUCUGUGGGCAGAGGAGCCCUUCACUCCUCAGCGCCUGGGCACGGUCACGCCAACCCCGAGAGCUGCCCGGGAUUCAUCCAGCAGUGCAAAUGCUGGCAAUCAGGCUGUCAGCAAUUAUGUUUUAAAUGUGGGAAAUGGAAAAGGAGGGGUAGUAAGUUUUGCCCAUCUGUUGAUCUCAAGAGCCAGGAUGGGGAAAGGGUGUUUCAUGUGAAGCCGGGUCUCUGGAAGUGCAGUUGGUUGAGCAGAAAAAUACAUUGGAUUUUAAACAUUUGAUUUCUGUUGUGUAGAUCCAAACCCAAGACUCUGAGCAUCUGAAAACUCCCGGUUAUGUAAAUGCUGCUUUGUGGUGGUGUUUUGUUUCCUUUCAUUUGUAAACAGUAAAAUUAAGAAAAUUGCCCGGAGUCCAGAGGAAACAAAGCCCACCCGAUCACCUCUGACUGCUCAUGCCAGCCUUUCCACUUCCUCUGACUUCAGUGCCAUCGGGCAGUUUCAGCCCCAUUAGAAAGUAUAGGAGAAAUUUGAAAUUUUGGAAAAAACAAUACAUGGAGGGUAGGGAGGGACACAGAUCAGUGUUCCCCUAGGUAACCAGCUGGCAGAACCAAGAUAUGAUGGAUAAUAUUACAGACUUCUAGCUGCAGCCAGCUGGAGGAUUAGCACAUAUGUAAUUCUGGGCUCACCAACUCCAGUUCACACUUCUCCAUACCUGGAGGGUGUGUGAGAGGACUUUGGUGGAGCAUAUUGCAACCAUGGGGACAGAAGGGGACAAACGUAAGUCUUGGCAGAUAGCUGGCUGAACAUGAGCUAGCAGUGUGCCCAGGUCCAAGAAGGCCAAUGGCAUCCUGGCUUGUAUCAGAAAUAAUGUGGCCAGCAGGACUAGAGCAGUGAUUAUCCUCUUGUACUCGGCACUGGUAAGGCCACAUCUUGAGUGCUGUGUCCAGUUCUGGGCCCCUCUGCUGGUUCAGUGGAGGGCAAUGAAGACGAUGAAAGGUCUGGAGCACAAGUCCUAUGAGGAGUGGCUGAGGGAGCUGGGGUCUUCCAGCCUGGAGAAAAGGAGACUUGGGGGGAUGUUAUUGCUCUCAACAACUCCUGAAAGGAGGCUGUAGCCAGGUGGGGGUCAGUCUCUUUGCCUAAGUAACAAGUGACAGGACAAGAGGAAAUGGUCUCAAGUUGCAUCAGUGGAGGUUUAGAUUGGAUAUUAGGAAAAAUUUCUUCUUGGAAAGGGUAGUCAUGUGUUGGAACAGGCUGCCCAACAAGGGCUCAAAAGGCAUGUGGAUGUGGCGCUUGUGGAUAUGGUUUAGUGGUGAACAUGGUGGUGCUAGGUGUAUGGUUGCACUUGAUAAUCUCAGAGGUCAUUUCCAACCUUAAUGAUCCUAUGAAAUGUAGAGGUAUCCAGAUACUCGGAACCACUUGCUCCAUGGUUUGCUUUUUUUCAGUAAUCAAGCUACCUUUUUUUUUUUGAAAGGUGGCGGAUUAAUAGUAUAUUGCAGGUUAACUUGUCCCUUCUAAAUCCAGAUGGAGUAUCUAAAGAAUUUUUUUUUGUUUUUGUGACUAAAUAUAAGACAAGAAAAUUAGUAGGGAAAUAAGUUUUGGUGUCAAGAGAGGAUUGGUAUGUCUGGGUUUUGUGUCAACAUUUAAUUCACAACAUACCAUCUGCUAAUCUGGUAGCUAUUGUUUUGGCAGCAUAUGCCACACAGCUGAUUUUGUUUGGAAACUAUUGAGUAGGAAAUCCAAGUGAAGCUUGCUGCUCUUGUUUGUUUUCAUUUUUGUCUAAUUGAAAUAAGUCAAUAGGAGGUUUUUGCAGGAGCCUUCAUUUUUGGGAAGGUAGCUUGAUUUUCUUGAGGGGAAGGGGGAUUUUUUACGGUACUGUAAGAGAUUAUCUGCAUACAGCUCCCAAGCAAUUUUCCUCCCCACAUUUCAUAUGGGAAGGCAAAACAUUUAUAUCACCACACUGAGAAAGCACACUUGCUUAUCAGCACAUGCACACCUUCCCAGCAGUUACACCAUCCAUGCAGAUAAAAGUUCUGAUCCAAAGUCAGUCAGGGUCAUGAUAGUAUUUUCCAGGUUGUGGUAGGAUGGGUUUAUGUCAGAACACAUUUGCCAUAUAAUGGUGGCAAGGACUGUUAGAUUGGUGCUAGUUGUCGGGCACUUCCCAUCUUUCUUAUGGAGAACAGGUAAGUCCCAGACACCCUUGACAGGGAAGGAUUCAACUCUGUAAAAAGAACACCAUUGGCCAGAGAGAAAAUAUUCUCCAUGUGAAGAGCUGUGAGAUAAGGCUUUUUGCAUAGAAAGAGAAGCAAGGAGGGACAUAGAAGAGAGUUUGGGUUUUGAUGUGAAUGUUGGUACUUGGCAUGUGUACUAAGCAUGUUCCAGCUAGCCAGGUUAACCAUUCAGUGAUGAAAAGCUUGUAUUGCUUACUGUUUCUAGUUUUGCUUUAUGACUGUGGGAAAGUGUUGUAUUUUAUCUUUAAUGUGAAUAUUUUGUUCCUAUCAUCUGACCCAACAGGAUGUUGAAAUGUUCAAUCCAUCAGGGCUUAUAAAGCUGUUUGGCAUCUUUUUAUAGAAGAGACUCUCUAAAGAGUAGAGUAGUAAAUAUCUGUGGAAUUUCUGAGUCACCCGUCGUCUGAUAUCUGAGUAUCUCUUCUGAAAAAUAACCACACAAAAAAACCCUUCCUUUUCCAAACUGAAGUCCGUUACUGAGAUUUAUUUUCCUUUCAAAUAAAUGCCUUUGGGAUUUUGCAUUCAAAGGAUUCUGCUGUAUGGCAUAUUCAUUCAGAACGUAAUAGCAGUUUCUGCUUUUCUUGAGACUCACAUCCCCUUAUCGUUUGAGCUGCAGAAGAGCCUCUGUAGGGAACAGAGCAAACCCGAUGCUGUGCCCCGCAGACAUCGUUAGCAUGCGACAGCCAGCCUAUUGCAGUCCGGGGAGCAGCAGCAGUGCCUCCACGUCUUUGCUGAUUGACCUCACAGCUCCUUCCUAUUUCAAGUACCGCACAGGAACAGAGCUUCAUAUCGUCUUCAGCAUAAAGAUAGGGUGCCUCAAGCUACUGGAUCUGGAGAUCACCUUGGAGUUCUCAUCACUGAACAGGAAACAAAGGUGUUGCAAGCAUUUCCUUCUUUCCUUGAAGAGAAAAAUGAGCUGGGGAUUCCUACGUGAUCUGCUGAGUGGAGUGAAUAAAUACUCAACAGGAGUUGGAAGAAUUUGGGUAGCUGUUGUGUUCAUGUUCCGCUUACUGGUUUAUGUUGCAGCCGCAGAAAACAUCUGGAAAUAGGAACAUGAUGAAUCUGAAUGCAAUAUCAAACAGCCUGGUUGUGAAAAUGUCUGCUUUGACCAUUUUUUCCCUGUCUCCCACAUCAGACUUUGGGCUUUGCAAUUAAUCAUGGUCUCCACCUCUUCACUCUUGGUUGUUUUUCAUGUUGCUUACAGAGAGAACAGAGAGAAGCACCACAACGAGAAGCUUUACAGAAACCCAGGAGAGAUAGAUGGUGGAUUGCUGUGCACUUACCUAAUCAGCCUCAUUUUAAAAAUAGGAUUUGAAAUAGUUUUUCUUGUUCUGUUUUAUAAAUUGUACAAUGGAUUCAAAAUACCACAUCUUGUGAAAUGUGACAUAAGACCAUGUCCCAGUAGCGUAGACUGCUAUAUUUCCAAACCCACAGAGAAGAUGAUUUUCCUCUCUUUUCUGGUGGCAACUUCAUGCCUGUGCAUCAUCCUAAAUCUAAGUGAAUUGACUUAUCUAAUUUUCAAAUACUCCCCAAAAUGUUAUCUGAAGAGAUACAUGAAGAAACAGCAAGGCUCCAAAAGCAAUUGUCGCAAAUCAGAAAUCAUUGGUUACAACAGAGCAGCACCUGCAGGACGAUUCCCCGAUAGCUCCUCAUCUUUGCCACUGAAUGUACGAGAUGAACAAGAAAAAUGUUCCCCGUUGACUUGAAAGAAGGCUGGAGACCACCCUCCCACUACACAAGCUGCUUUUGACAAAUUGCUUUUCCUAUGAGUGCUUUAUGGAACUGAAAGGAUAGUUACAGAGGAAAUAGUGUUUCUCUACUAGUUCCCCAUUACUCUAGCUGAUAAAUUCAGUUACGUUAUAUAUGUCAUACAUAAAAUCAUUGAGAUCUUUUCAUAUUGAAACAAGAAGUGUAGAAGUCUGAGAAUCCCAUGAAGUUUUAAUAUAAAUACAGAUGCUUAUGAUAAAUCAUGUGAAACAAUUUCUCACAGUUGUGUAUUGAAUAUUGCACAGAAUUGCUUUGGUACAAGCAAAAAGAGGCUUUUUAUACGCAGAGGUGGAAGAACCUGGGACUGAUUAAGAAACUGAACAAUAAGGGGAUGUACAGCAUUUGUCAGGUGUGUGGAUCUGAUGACUGUUGCAACAGCAACAGGAAAGUGCUGGUGUUUGAAGUGAACUAUGUAGUCACACGCCCAUUCCACCAGACUAGAAAACAUAUCAAAACCAGAAAAAACCAAGAAGAGGUAGACGCAUCUAUUUUAGCCCAUGGUGAUAAAGACAGACUUGCUUAUUUAGCUGUUUAUGGAGCACCUCCUUCUGAAAGCAUCUGAGCCCUUUACAAUUUUAAGGGUAUUAAUCAUCAGAACACAUCCUCUAAGGAAAGGCACUUGCUCAAACUUGUGCAAGCAGCACCAAGCGGCUCCCGAGUCAUUAGAUUUGUCUUCUGCUUUGUGGUUGUGGCAUUUAAGAGAAAGGAUCAUUCCCAGUUCAACGGGAGUGAGUAGAGAAAUGCAGACCACGCAAUAUAGCAGAACAGUAGCCAGUAGUCCCUAGUAUUGAGUAGCCUGGAAUCUGGUCCCUUAAGUAAGGCUGAAAAUACUGCUGCUCUUUCCUUCAGUAGAUUUCUCUGCUGUAAAAAUAUGAAAAACCUCCAGUAGAAACAAAGUAAAAAAGAAUCAUCUAUUCCCUUCCCCCCAGGUUUCAGAGUAUCUCUUAAAUACCACACACUUCUGCUCUGUGUUAUGUGUAUCAUUUGGGAAAACAGGAAAGGGAUAGAAAUUAGCUAAGACAUGUCUUCUGUUGAACCUAGACUUUUAAGACAACAGAAACUAGUGCCUAAAAAAACUUAUUUCAGGGUGGUGUGCUCUUUCUGUUGCUGAAAUGAAAGACCUUUGAACAGAUAUCAGUAGUGAGCCUGAUCAAAAUGCACCCUUUAGCAUUACAUUUAUGAGUAGUGGGGUAGCAGUUACAGAUUUAAGAACUAGUGAAUAAACUAUGUACUUUUUGACUGUGA